GAAGGUGGAGACGCGCACAGACGCGGCUCAGUGCUCCCUGAAAAGAUGCUUUCUUUGGCUACAGCUGAGUGAUGGUAGAUGGUGAUUGUGUGGUUGUGUGUGUUAGAGUGUUUUAUGUGUUGCACAUGGAAAUUUCGCAUUUGGCACAAAACCUAACGCGGAUUAGAAAUAAACCGUAUUGGCUGAGUUUUAAAGUUGCUGCUUAUGUUCCGGGAUAGUUUUUGUCAUGUGGCUCCAGACUGACUCGAGCUGUUGUGUACAUCAGCUGUUUCAGCAGGUCGGACGAGAAAGCGUUGCUGCGCUCCUGCCCUUCCUCUUCCAGUCACUAGGGAGAGACCGUGGACCGGGGAAGCUGCUGUCCUGUCACUCCGCUCCGAGGAUCCCACGGCAGGCAGGCAGGCAGGCAGGCGGCCAGAGGCUCAGAGUCUGCGCUCCACCGCCGCCAUCCGCUCGCCGGCCUCCGGGACGCGUCGCACUCCCCGUCCAGGGAUGGAGAAAGACGCCUCUGAUCCGGACCCGUCCCGCCAGCGGAACGGCUUCGUGGGGGUGCUGUACGGGGAGUUCACCGACACCCUCGACGACAGGGUCCGGUACUCGGUGAGCCUGACGGAGAGCGCGCUGACCAUCCGGAGGAUCUCCUCGUCCCCCGGCCGGACCGAGGCGGUUUUUAAGCUGGUGGACUGUGUGGGCUGCCGGGCGUACAGAGGCCCCGGCGGCUCGGACGUCGGCGCCUACUUCACGGCUUACUUCUACCCGUUCAAGAGGCGCUGGAUGAGCGCGGGGCUGACCCGGCAGAGGGUGGAGCAGUGCUUUCGGGUCGCGCUGGUCCAGGACCCGCUCGUCAACCUGCAGGAGGCUGAGAGGUGGGCUCACGCCAUCAGGGAUGCUUCAGCGCUGCAGGCGCCCCGGAGAGACGGUGUGGUGUACAGCGAGGUGCGAAGGCCCGGCAGGAUCAUGAUUCUGGUGAAUCCCCAGAGCGGCCGUGGACAGGCCCUGCAGCUCUUCACCGGCCACGUCCAGGGGAUGCUCACAGAGGCCUCGGUCCCCUACACACUCGUCAUCACAGAGCGGCAGAACCACGCACGGGAGCUGGUGAGGAAGGCGGACUUGUCACAGUGGGAUGCGCUGGUGAUCAUGUCUGGAGACGGGCUCCUGUUUGAGGUGAUAAAUGGUCUGAUGGAGCGAGAGGACUGGCAGGAGGCCAUCCAGACCCCUCUGGGUAUCCUACCAGGUGGCUCCGGUAAUGCCCUGGCCGCAUCCGUCCACCACUACACACAGUCGCCUCCAGCCUGGAACGAGGAGCUGCUGCUGAGUUGUGGCUUCAUCCUGUGUAAAGGUCUGGUUGGCUCUCUGGACCUGGUUUCCGUCCACUUGGCCUCGACGCAGCGCCUCUUCUCGUUCCUCUCCCUGGCCUGGGGCUUCGUGGCAGAUGUUGACACUGAGAGCGAGAAGUACCGCCACGUUGGCGCCAUCCGCUUCCUCAUGGGCACCCUGGUCCGCCUGGCCUCCCUCAGAGUGUAUCAGGGCCGGCUGGCGUACCUCCCCAUUAAAGAAGCACAGAAUCCUCCGAGAGGGAGCGUCAUGGAUAAUCACCCACCCUCCACGCCUCAGCACCCGUCCCUCUGCUCCUCCCUUCCUUGUCAGCUCAUCCCCAACACCUCCUCCAAGCAGAGCUCUCGACACAACAGCUCAAACUCCAACCGCAAUGCCAUCAGCACCAAAGGACCUGAGACACAGAGCGACAGCAAAACCAGAGCCCCUGUGGACUCUCUGCUCCCUGGCCUGGACCAGCCGGUCCCAGAGAGCUGGACCCUAGUGAAGGAGGAGGACUUUGUCUUGGUGCUAGCGAUUUACCAGUCCCACCUGGCCGAGGACCUGUGGACGGUCCCCGGUGCGACCGCAGACGACGGCGUGAUCCACCUGUUCUACGUGACGGCGGGAAUCUCCCGUCCCGCCCUCCUGCGCCUCUUCCUCGCCAUGGAGAAGGGCGCCCACUUGGCGUGCGGCUGCCCCCACCUGGUGUAUGAGAAGGUGAAGGCCCUACGACUGGAGCCCAUCUCCCCCCAUGGGAUGAUCACUGUGGACGGAGAGAUGGUGGACUAUGGCCCUGUCCAGGCUCAAAUCCACCCGGGACUUGCCAGACUCAUAUGCGGAUGAACUUGGAUUAUCUUAAUCUUUUUUUUUCCUCUGGCUCUAGUGCUCUCUAGUUUGGCCUUUUAAUAAUCAGUGUCAAGUUCUGUAUGUAUGCCGUGUGUUCAGAAGUGCCAAAGACGUUUUAUCAGCCUCCGUAAAAAAACAAAACAAAAAAAACUCUAUUUUUCUACAGAAGCGACUUGUCCUAUUUUUAUGGAGCCCGUCCCCUCGUCCGCUUUGAUUCAGGGUCAAAGUCAUGGAUGCUUGUUCUUGUCGCUGGCUGGUCCAGGCUUACAGUAAUGAGGGGGGAUUGUGUGUGUUUGUGCAUGAGAGAGAGUUUGUGUGCAGUGAAGUGUGUGCAUAUUUGUGCGGUUGUGCAUGGGGAGGCUUGGCGGUGGGUGAGGAGCGCAUUGUGCACUCUGCUGUCGGACUUCAUCAGCACGGCACUCGUGAAGAGAAGCACAUUUUCCUGGAGAAACUACGCCUCUUGUCCGACUGUACUACAGCAGGCUGACAAUCGAACUACUGGGAACCCAGCAGUUCGACAAAUCUUUAAUCUUUGUGACAUUCACAUAGUUUUUGUGAUUUUAAUCUUCAGCUGCGUUCCCUCCUCCUUCCUGAUAGUGCACGAGGUUACCUCCACCUCCAUCUCCACCGCUGGCCAAUCCAUUUCCCGCUUCAUCCGCAGCCGUCAUUAAACUCUAGGAACUGCCUCCACUCUCACUUUCUUUUUCCCACCCCAUCCCCCUUUUCCUCUUAUGAACAUAUCCUCACACACAUCCCUUCCCGUGCAUCUCUGCAGCACUUAGUGAGGGGGGAGGUGCAUGAUCUGCAACUGUGCAUACGAUCCCCUCUCCUCUUGCCAUCGUAAGAUUGUACUCCCCCUCCUCCUUCCCCCACUCGGUUAACGAGACAUCAGCACCUAAUGUGUCCUUAGUACGAAGUCUUUUCAAACCCAGCUGAAGCACACUGAGGUGGAGGUUGCGUAUAGAGAGGCUUGGGAUCAAUGAGAGGGAGUCAAGUGCUUCACCUCACCGGGGUGGCCUUCUUUCCGCUGGCUGUGGUGGUGAUGAGCGUUAGUGCACCGGAGCAGAGAGGAGUGCAAAUGUUAGCAUUAUCAUCAGCGCCCCACCAACCCUCCCUUCCACACUCGCUCGCACACACACACCGGUUUAUUUUAGGUCACUAUGGUCGCACCAGGACUCUUUCAUCCACAUCUAUGCAGCAAUACCAACGUCAUAACAGCUUAAAUCCUUCAGCUAUAGACAUCAGAAUGUCGUCAGCGUAAAGGAGGUCACGCUCUAUAAUGCAAAACCGCCUCUCGUGCUGAAUUUUAAUGCUGCGUUCAGAGACGUUCUGAUAAUCAGCUUUUUUGUGUGUGUGUUUUGGUGAAACCAGGCCGUCUGAGUGCAACACCAUCAAUGCAUCAUUUUCUUCUGCUGGAGCUCAGAGGACGUGGGUUCCACUGGAAGGAGCACAAAUAUUACAACUCUUUAACCUUCCUGUUGCCCUCUGGGUCAAAUGUGACCCGUCACGAAUGUUUCACAGAAUUUGUAGUACAAGAAGUACAAUAUAUUGCAAUUUGCUGAGAAGAAGUUGGUUGAAAACGUGUUCAUUUCAUUUUUGGCUUUAUAAAUAUUCGAACAGACCACAUAAUUUUUGAACCAUUUUGAAACGGUCAACGGAAGGACAAUACAAGAGUAAUGCCCAGUUUUUCUAGGGACUGUACAAAAAUGAUUCAGAUGUGUUUGUGUUCCAUCUAGAGUCUUUAAAGUCCUGUAAAAUAUGUGCAUAUGUAUAUAAAUUAGGAUGAGGACCAUUCCCCUCUCUCUUUAAACAUUUUUGUACAGUCCCUCAAUCGUUGAUACUUGAUAACGUCGACCGUCACUGGUGUAAAUUAAAGUUUCCAUUUUCACUGCAGUGCCGAUUUUUGCCUCAAACUUGAUUUUCCAUCCGGAGACAUUUACACAUUGUACGAUAUCCCAGCUACGACUACGACUCAUGUCCGACAUACUGCUCCUCCUACUGCUACUGUAUCCUCAGCGAAGUUUUCCAGGUGCUUUGAAUGCGUUCUCAUGUUCUGCAGCUGCACACGUGCACUGUUCAUUACUAAAUGUAUAAAGCCCAUCUCGUGAGGGAAGAGAUGAGCUAUGCAAACGCCUUGUCAUGGCUGCAGAUGUUUGGUUUGAGGGUUCCCCCUACUGGACGUGAAGUGAAGGUUUUAUUUUGAAAAUCUUAAACGAUGCAAUCCCUUCAAACUGUGUUUCUUGCUUUUUAUAGUUAUAGAAAUAAUGGUUAAGCUCAGCUGCAGAAGACCAUCAUGUCUCCAAACAUCCAGCUUAUUGUAAUUCUUCUUUACUUGAUAGAAGCUGCAAAUACUGAUUAGUAAGUUGGUGUAGGGCGUCACUACACUGCUGUUAAACUCAUGUACUGUUAAACUGAUUUAGCUGCUUUUUACAAACACAAAUCUUCAUGUGUCUUUUACUGUUACUGAAGUUUUCUACCUGGAUUACAUGAAGCUGCAUCUCUGACUCUUCACUGAAAUGAUAAAAACCUCCUGACGAGAAGCUCAGUGAUGUUUUUAUAGUAGAAUCACACUCAUCAGAAGCCUGGGGGAAUGCCAUGAUUAACAGAAAGAGCUUUUUAUUGCUUGUGCUUAUGUAUAGAUCAGUGACUGUUCAAUGGGCCAUUAUGUGAGUUGCAUUUGUGGCUUUUGCGUUUUAAAGCAAGUGAAGAAGAGGAAAGAUGUUUCUCUAGAAAGUGCCUUAGUCUUAAAUCAACACGGUAGUUGAAGUGAUGCACGGAAAAUAAAUAAAUAAAAUACUUGUUUGACACAUGAAAUCAUGGUUUAUCUUUGAAGGACGGUUUGUUUAGUGUGAGUCAGCGUUACACUGAAGAGUGCAAUAAAAAAGGGUACAAGGCCUGUGAAGUGUGAAGGAGCUGCAUUCAUUGAAGUGACUGGUCAUUACCAGGCAUUCAUCACCUCUUAGGAUUUUCUUGUGAUUAUUUUUUUUUUAAAGAUGCCUUUUUUAAAAAUCAAUAAAGUUAUUCAAAUGAA